ACAGUUAUCAGGAGCGCAUCAAAGAAACUGUUAAACCAAAUACGAAAGACAUACCGGUACCAAUGAUGGCUAGAACGAGUAAGAAAUCCUAUGAGCAAAUUACUACUCCGAGUGGCAAUCAGUCGUGUAGCGAAAAAGAGGCAGCAAAAAGUACCACUGCCAAUGCUGCUGGCGGUGCAGUGCCAUUUGUGCUGAUGGUACGUGGUGGAAAGGGAGGCAAACAACAAUUUAAACAAUUUGUGGCACCAUCCGAUUCGCAAUUGGCCAUUAACCUGAAGCUGCAGGAAGAGAAGACACGAGAAGAGAAGGAAAAGGUAAAGCGUUUAACGCUAAACAUAACCGAACGUAUAGAAGAAGAGGACUAUCAGGAAUCUUUGAUGCAAUCACAACGCAGCUUGUCGCAGAACCAUUAUCAACGCCCGAGCAAGCCAAAAUUCCGACAUCAAAAGGGUGCACCAGAUGCAGAUUUGAUUUUCAAUUAAACGCGUAUUGGGGCACUCAAAUGGAUAUCUUUCGUUCCGAUAUAUGCAGGGUUAAAAUACUGGCCGCACACUGACAUCGCAAACCCAUGCAUUUGCAGUUGGCUCGCACAAAAAGUUGUUAAGUUGUGAGUGAAAAUGACGAAGCUAUGUGCAAGUUGAAGUUGAAGAAGUUAUAUGUAUGUGUCUGUAUGGUUUGCGUGGGGUCAUCACCAUUGAAGAUGAUAAUUAAAAGGAGUACAUUUAAAGUAACAACUGAAAAAGGAAAUAAGUUAUUUUUGGAUUCGUUAAAAAUGUAAUGCAGUAAAAUUUACUGAAUAAACUAUAAUAAUUAGAACAAAAGGUCAUUUGAAUUUCUACAGGGACAAAAAA